CUGUCAUUCUGCAAAAACACAGUUUACUCAACACGCCGCACACACUCGCGCACACACACACAUACACACACACGCGCGCACACACGCGCACCCGGGGCCCCCUCGCGCACACGCACGGAGGGCGCGAGCGAGCAGACGCGCACACCCGGCGAGCCAAGUUCCGCAGCCUGGCAUGGCUUCUGGGGACCUUUACGAGGUGGAAAGGAUCGUAGACAAGAGAAAGAACAAAAAGGGGAAAUGGGAGUACCUCAUCCGCUGGAAGGGCUAUGGCAGCACCGAGGACACGUGGGAGCCCGAGCAUCAUCUCUUGCAUUGUGAGGAAUUUAUCGACGAGUUCAACGGGCUGCAUGUGGGCAAAGACAAGCGCCUCAAGUCGGGGAAGCAGGCCAGUGGUGCCUCCAAAUUCCUGCGGGACCCCCGGGGACCUGCAGUGGACAAGCUCCCAUCACACCGUGCCCCUGAUUCGACAGGCAAGAGCAGGGGUACAUCCCACAAGCGGAAGCGGAUCAGCCCUUCCCUGGCCAAGCCCAAGAAAGGGCCCUCAGCCAAGCCCCCUGCGGGCAGUGACAGGGCCACCAAGACAGUGUCCUACAGGACUACGCCCAGUGGCUUGCAGAUCAUGCCACUGAAAAAGGCACAGAACGGGCUAGAGAAUGGGGACACAGGCUCGGAGAAGGAUGAGCACUUUGGGGAGGGGUCGCAUCCGCCGGGCUUGGAUUUGAGUGAGCACGUUGGGGAGCCGGAGUUGGUAGAGUGUGAGGUGAACCAUGAGGUGCCAGCGGAGAAUGGGCUCGGCUCUACCCUGACCAAUGGGGGAUUAAACCUGCACAGCUCAGUGAAGAGGAAGCUGGAGACUGACAAGGACUAUGUGUUCGACAAGAGGCUCAGAUACAGCGUCCGCCAGAACGAGAGCAACUGCCGCUUUCGGGACAUUGUGGUGCGAAAGGAAGAAGGCUUCACGCAUAUCCUGCUGUCCAGCCAGACCUCAGACAACAAUGCGCUUACCCCUGAGAUCAUGAAGGAGGUUCGGCGUGCACUUUGCAAUGCGGCCACGGAUGAUAGCAAACUCCUGUUGCUGAGUGCAGUGGGCAGCGUGUUCUGCAGUGGCCUGGACUACUCCUAUCUCAUCGGCCGCCUGUCCAGUGACAGGCGAAAGGAGAGCACACGCAUUGCCGAGGCCAUCAGGGACUUUGUGAAGGCCUUUAUCCAGUUCAAAAAGCCCAUUGUGGUGGCCAUCAAUGGGCCUGCCUUGGGCCUGGGUGCUUCCAUCCUGCCGCUCUGUGACAUAGUGUGGGCCAGCGAGAAAGCUUGGUUCCAGACACCCUACGCCACCAUCCGUCUGACUCCUGCUGGUUGCUCCUCUUAUACCUUCCCACAGAUCCUGGGUGUUGCCCUGGCUAAUGAGAUGCUGUUCUGCGGGCGGAAGCUCACGGCACAGGAGGCGUGCAGCCGAGGGCUGGUGUCCCAGGUCUUCUGGCCCACUACGUUCAGUCAGGAGGUCAUGCUGCGGGUGAAGGAGAUGGCGGCCUGCAGCGCCGUGGUCUUGGAGGAGUCGAAGUGCUUGGUGCGGAGCUUCCUGAAGUCAGUGCUGGAAGAUGUGAACGAGAAAGAAUGUGUGAUGCUCAAACAGCUCUGGAGCUCAUCCAAAGGCCUGGACUCCCUCUUCAGCUACCUGCAAGACAAAAUCUAUGAAGUCUGAAGGUGGAGGGUAGCUCACUGAGCCCCCACACCCAGGGAGGAGGGGCCUCUGACUUCCAGCAGGGACUCAUGUCCCCCAAGUUGGGAUCGUGUCUCUGCGUCCCUAGAGUAACGAGAGUAAUGUCCAUUUCCUCAUGUCCUUUGGUUGUUUGUCCCUCAUUGGUUCGGUUGUGUGUAGGCAGAUGGAAACCUGUGAAUGUGGCCUCUGAGGUGUGUGUGCUCACCCAGCUGGUCCUUCAUCCAGCUCCACCUACUGAGGGCUCUAUUUUCCCCAGGCCUCUGCCUCGGGGACCCCCUCUCACUGAAAGGCUGCACUUCUCUGCCCUCCUCACUCAGGCUGUGUCUACACAGUGCCUCUGAUCUGGGGACGGGGCCUUCUGGGGACAUGCGUGGCUCUGGGGACAGGGGAUACUCCAACUUAGGGAAAUCUCAGACCAAUGAGCAAAAAAACAAAAACAAAAAACAUAAUACAGUUCUGCAGGGCCAUCUGCAGUUUUCCUCUGUGAUGCAACUCUGUAUGAUUUUUCAGGGCUUAGUCUUUAAAAACUGAAAUCAAGUGAUUUACAAACACAGAUCUUGUACAUUUAGGGAUGUUUUGUUAAAUAUAUAUUUUUCAAACGACAUAAGUGGAAAUUCUGAUAAUUUAUGUGUAUUAUAUGUAAAGCUAGUUGUGCAGAAGCGUGAACUCUUAGUAAAAUGGGGUUCUUUGUUCUUUUAAAUAGACUUAUUUAAUUUAUUUAUUUGUGUCUAUAUAUAUAUGAUAAUAUCUGGCUUGUUAGGUACAGAUAAUUAUUUUCCUACUGCCCUGGACCAAAUCCGUAGAAAGUUCACUCACUUUGGUGCAAUUCUAGCAACAAACCACAUGGAACUCGAAUUCAGAGGGCAAAACUGGGAGGAAUGCUGCAGCAAACAGGCUACCUCGGGUCCAGAUCCACCACCUUUACGAUGGUUCUCAGCCAUCUUCAUCGGCAACUGGUUCCUGAGGCUUGUGCUUGUGGGAAUCCUGAAGGAUAUUUUUUCUCCACUCUGCUGCCUUUAAGGAGAU